UGCUUCAGCUCCGUCGAGCUUUUCGCCAUCCACAACUUGAGCGAGGGCUCUGCCGUGGGGCGCAGCGAGUUCAAGGAGUUUUGCCCCACCAUCCUGCAGCAGCUGGAGUCGAGGGCGUGCGCUUCCGAGAACCUGGAAAAUGAGGAAAACGAGCAGACGGAGGAGAGCAGACCCAGCUCAGCCGAAGUCUGGGGUUACGGUUUCCUCUGCGUGACCGUCAUCUCCCUCUGCUCGCUGGUGGGAGCCAGCGUGGUACCCUUCAUGAAGAAGACCUUUUACAAGCGGCUGCUCCUCUACUUCAUAGCUCUGGCGAUUGGAACUCUCUACUCCAACGCCCUCUUCCAGCUCAUUCCCGAGGCGUUUGGGUUCAACCCUCAAGAAGAUUAUUGCAUUUCCAAAUCCGCCGUGGUGUUCGGGGGCUUCUACCUCUUCUUCUUCACAGAGAAGGUCCUGAAGAUGCUCCUGAAGCAGAAGGACCAGGUGAGGCUGAGCAGGGGCUGCUCGGGUGGGAAAUGGUGGAAAUGGCAGGGGGGGGUGAACGGCGGGGAUCAGGAGGAGGGGGUCACUGAGAAGCUGCAAAAUGGGGACUUGGACCACAUGAUCCCACACAUAACCAGCGAGCUGGAGUGCAAGACCCCCUCUGGGGAUGAGAAGGUUGUGGUGGGCUCUCUCUCUGUCCAGGUUAGUGAAAACUCCAUGGUCUCGUGUUACGGGCUGAAGGAGGUGCGGUACUCCGACAUCGGCACGCUGGCGUGGAUGAUCACCCUCAGCGACGGCCUCCACAACUUCAUCGAUGGGUUGGCCAUCGGGGCUUCCUUCACCGUCUCCGUCUUCCAAGGGAUCAGCACCUCCGUGGCCAUCCUCUGCGAGGAGUUCCCACACGAGCUGGGUAUCGUGGCCGGUAGCCACUUUUCUGCCAACUGGAUCUUCGCUCUGGCCGGAGGGAUGUUUCUGUACAUCGCGCUGGCUGACAUGUUCCCCGAAAUGAAUGAGGUCAGCCAGGAAGACGAGCAGAACGGCAGCAUGCUGAUUACCUUCGCCAUCCAGAACGCGGGGCUGCUGACGGGGUUCACCAUCAUGGUGUUGCUCACCAUGUACUCUGGCCAGAUCCAGAUAGGGUAG